AUGGCGGAAAGUCAAAUUGAUUUGAUGAGAAUGCUAGAACUGGCUCAGAGACUUCCGAUGGCUUUUUGGUCUCAUUUUGAUAAAAUCGAUACGGAGCAAAGCCAGCCACCUAAAUGGAAUUUCCUCAUUAAUAAAGCAGGCGUGCAAUGCAGCAUCUUUUGGGAAGAAAGUACCAACAAAGAAACUGAAGAACCAACUCUUGGUAUUGAAGAAGAAGGGGCUUGCCAGCAGCUUGCUAGCAAUGUCGGGGAUAAUGUUAAUCUGAGUGCGGCUUUGUUGGAAGUGCUACUUGCGAAAAUCGAUGAUGAGAAUUGCUCCGAUACGGCAAGCCAAAAACUCGAGUUCCUCGUAGGAUUGACGGCGAAUUUAGAUGCUGAGGAGAAAAGUGCACAAAAAAGAUCUGACUCCCCUUCUGCCAAUUCCAAGCGAGCAGGGAGCAAGCGCAGAAAACCGCCGCUAAAUAAACCGGUCGAUUCAAGCUUGAAACCCGAAACAGAAACGAAAAGAAAAAUCAUGUGCUACCUGCCGUCGAACAUCUCCGAAAAUAUGCUCAAAAACGGCAGCUUCCCCGUCAAGUUGCAAAGUUCUAGCUCUUCAAUCAAACCUUCUUCUGACUGUUCCAAAUCAAAUGAUCCCGUUUCAAAUAUUGCUUUGAAAAUGAAUAAAGAUGAAACUAAUUGA